UAUCUUUACAGCGGACAAAGCUCCACCUGGUUUCCCCAGCAUUGCGCCCCCACCGACCACCAUGGUUGUGGAAGUUGGUCACACCGCCACUCUUCCCUGCCAAGCCACUGGCAACCCUUCGCCGAAGGUCAGGUGGCUAUGGAACUCCUUGCCGCUAGAUGUCGCCUCCAACCCGAGAUACGCGCUGCUGAAUGAUAAGAUGCAUGGUACUUUGCAAAUAGUGAAGAGUGAGGAAGAGGACCAUGGCAAGUUCGAGUGCGUCGCUGAGAACUCUAUUGGAACUGAGUUCUCGAAGCCUACUGUACUUUAUGUCAAAGUGAGACGCGUAGCCCCACAAUUUUCGAUCCCGCCACCGCCAAAGUCGGAGGUGAUGCUUGGAGGAAACCUGACCCUUAAAUGUGUUGCCUUCGGAUCGCCCAUGCCCACCGUUAAAUGGAGAAAAGGUUUGACGAAAUGGCUUACUCCGGAGGACAACCCGCCGCUAGGUUUGAACACCCUCAAGUUGGAAGAUAUCAGAGAGUCUGCAAACUACACGUGUGAGGCCGCUAGUGUGCUCGGUGUCAUCGAAGCUGUUGCUGAGGUCAAAGUGCAAUCGCUCCCCGGUCCCCCGACAGAAGUGCGACCCUCCGAGAUCACGGCGACGACAGUCCGGCUCACAUGGACCUACAGCGGACCGGAGGAACCUCAGUACUACGUCAUACAAUACAAGCCCAAAUACGCCAAUCAGGCAUUCAGCGAGAUCUCAGGCGUAAUCACUCAGUAUUACUCGGUGACAAAUCUAUCACCAUACACUGAGUACGAAAUGUACGUGAUUGCUGUCAACAACAUCGGUAGAGGACCACCGUCAGCGCCGGCCGUCAUCACCACUGGAGAAACUGAACCGGGUUCAGCUCCACGGAAUGUGCAAGUUCGGCCUCUAAGUUCUAGUACAAUGGUGAUACAAUGGGACGAACCGGAGACUCCGAACGGACAAGUUACGGGUUACAAAAUUUACUACACCACGGAUCCUUCGCAACCAAUGCAAUCCUGGCACUCGCAAAUGAUGGAUAACAGUCAUCUGACCACGAUCAGUGAGCUGACUCCUCACACCGUCUACACAAUAAGGGUGCAGGCCUUCACAUCCGUGGGCCCUGGACCGAUGUCCGCGCCCGUACAAGUCAAAACUCAGCAAGGUGUCCCAUCACAACCUUCGAACCUAGUGGCCGUGGAAGCAGGAGAAACUUCAGUGACCCUCUCUUGGAGGAGACCAGCUCAUGCAGGAGACAACAUCGUAUCCUACGAGUUGUACUGGAACGACACUUACGCUAAGGAACAUCAUAGGAAGCGGAUACCAAUAACAGAAACGUACACUCUGAACGGCCUGUACCCCAACACGUUGUACUACAUCUGGCUGGCAGCGAGGUCGCAGCGGGGCGAGGGGGCCACCACGCCACCCAUCGCCGUCAGGACCAAGCAAUAUGUUCCCGGCGCGCCGCCCAUGAAUGUGACGGCGCUGGCCGUGUCGCCCACGGCCGUGCGCGUGUCUUGGCAGCCUCCCCCGGCCGAGCGCGCCAACGGCCGCAUUGCUUACUACAAGCUGCUUUGCGUGGAAUCUGGGAGGGGGGACUCUGAGGCCACGGUGGUCAAACUCAACCAGACCUCGUUUGUACUGGACGAGCUGCGGCGCUGGACUGAGUACCGCAUCUGGGUGCUGGCGGGCACCAGCGUGGGGGACGGGCCCGCCUCCUACCCGGUCACCGUGCGCACGCAUGAAGACGUACCCGGAGAGCCCCAGGACGUGAAGGUCGUGGCAAUCAACUCCACGUCUAUCCAUGUCACAUGGAAGCCCCCACAAGAAAAAGAGAAAAACGGAAUUAUCCGAGGUUACCACGUCCAUGUGCAAGAAGUGCGAGACGAAGGCAAAGGACUUCUUAACGACCCAAUGCGGUUUAACGUAAUGGACGACACAACUCUCGAAUUGAACGUUUCGGGGCUCCAACCGGAUACGCGGUACAACGUGCAAGUGGCGGCUCUGACGAGGAAGGGGGACGGUGACCGAAGUACGCCGGUGUCUGUGAAGACGCCUGGCGGUGUGCCAAACAGGCCUACCGUCAACCUGAAGGUUUUGGAAAGGGAGCCCGUCGUAUCAAUAGAAUUGGAAUGGAGUAAGCCAUCACAAACAUACGGCGAUUUACUCGGGUAUAGACUUAGAUAUGGGGUAAAAGAUCAACCUCUAGAAGAAGUAAAUUUCCCGGGUACUAAAAUACAUUCGUAUAAAAUAAAUGAUUUAGAAAGAGGCGUCCAAUAUGAGUAUAGAGUAGCAGGCAAGAACCAUAUCGGAAUAGGCCAAGAGACAAUCAAAUAUUGGCUCACACCUGAAGGUGCUCCGAAAGGGCCUCCGACGAAUGUCACGUACCGCUUCCAAACGCCAGACAUCAUCAGUAUCACAUGGGAACCUCCGAUCCGUGCUGACAGAAGUGGGCAGAUUAAGAAAUAUGAUGUACAGUUUUUCAAAAGAGGAGAUCAAUCUUCUGUUGCUGAGAAGACAACGGAAUUAACAAAAGCUGUGUUUACUGGUUUGGAAGAAGAUGCGCAUUAUGUGUUCAAAGUCAGAGCAUACACUGAUCAAGGAGCUGGACCGUACAGUAAAGACAUGACGGCUCACACUGAAAGAGACAUCGGUAGGGCCCCCAUGUCAGUUAAAGCCGUUGCAACUUCAGAAUCAAGUGUAGAAGUUUGGUGGGAAACAUUCCGUUCUAGAAAGAAGAUCAUUGGUUACGUCAUAUUCUACACAAUGACGCCAGUCGAGGAUCUCGAUGAAUGGCAACAAAAAAGCGUUCAUGUUACACACUCUGCUGAUUUGGACAAUUUGGAAAAGUUCGCAGAAUAUGCUAUCGCUGUUGCUGCCAGAACGGCAGAUGGUCUUGGAAGGCUAUCGGAAAAGGUUACUGUGAAGGUCAGACCAGAAGAAGUGCCUUUGCAUCUUCGGGCUCAAGAUGUGUCCACCCAUUCCAUGACGUUGUCAUGGUCGCCUCCGUUACGCUUAAACCCCGUUAGUUAUAAGAUUUCCUACAAUGCAAUUAAAGAAUUUGUUGACUCUCUUGGUAUGACGCAAACGCAAGAAAUACCAAGGAGGGAAAUCAUUGUGAAACAUGAUCGAACAUCGUAUUCGAUAAAUGAUCUGUCUCCGUUUACAACAUAUAGUGUUAAUGUAAGUGCCAUACCUAAUGACGAUUCUUACCGACCGCCAACGAAGAUUACCGUCACCACGCAGAUGGCAGCGCCUAAACCGAUGGUGAAGCCUGAUUUUUAUGGCGUUGUUGAAAAUGAAAUACUCGUCAUUCUACCUCAAGCCUCUGAAGAAUAUGGACCCAUAUCGCAUUAUUAUCUAGUUGUAGUGCCUGAUGAUAAAGCCCAUAAUCAUAAGCAUCCGGAUCAGUUCCUAACAGACGAUUUAAUUAAAAAUAAUGUUCGAACAGAUGAUGAAAACGCACCAUAUAUUGCUGCCAAAUUCCUACAACGAAAUAUCCUGUAUACAUUCCAUCUUGGUAAUGAUGAAAUGUAUGAAGGCUUUUUGAACAGAAAAUUGAACCCUAGCAAAAAGUAUCGAGUAUUCGUCCGUGCGGUUGUAGAUACUCCUCAAAAACAUUUAUAUACGUCCAGUCCAUUUUCAGAAUAUUUGUCACUAGAUAUGCGUGAAGCGCCUCCCGGUGAAGAACCCAGCAGGCCAGAUCCUAAAGAUAUACAUGGUGAUCCUGAAAUAAGGAUAGAAGAGAAUAGGAAGGAAGCUGGCAUGGUGUGGGUUAUCGGUCCAAUCAUUGCUGCAUUGAUGCUCUCGCUUUGUUUGGUAGUCUUAUUCAUAUUCAAGAGAAGACGCCAGCCCUGUAAGGCCCCUGACCAGGCAGCGGUGACGAGACCGUUAAUGUCAGCAGACGUUGGAUUCGGAGCGCCAUCUGAUCCUGUCGAAAUGAGGAGAUUGAAUUUCCAAACACCAGCUAUGAUUUCCCAUCCUCCUAUUCCUAUUUUGGAAUUGUCGGAGCAUAUUGAAAGACUUAAAACCAAUGACAACCUCAAAUUCUCUCAAGAAUAUGAAAGUAUUGAACCUGGCCAGCAGUUCACUUGGGAUCAUUCAAAUAUGGAAGUUAACAAACCCAAAAACCGUUACGCUAAUGUUAUAGCCUAUGACCAUAGCCGCGUUAUCCUUCAGCCAAUCGACGGCAUACUUGGAAGUGACUACAUAAAUGCGAACUAUUGCGAUGGCUACCGCAAACAUAACGCCUACGUAGCUACUCAAGGUCCUCUACAAGAAACUCUGGCAGACUUCUGGAGGAUGUGUUGGGAACUUCGCACUUCAACUAUCGUCAUGAUGACUAAGCUAGAAGAGAGAACAAGAAUCAAAUGCGAUCAGUACUGGCCAAGCAGGGGAACUGAGACUUAUGGAAUGAUGACUGUAACUAUCGCAGAGGUUCAAGAACUCGCUACCUAUUGCAUCCGAACCUUCCAAGUGGAACGGAAUGGAAACAGCAGCGAGCGUCGUGAAAUCAAACAAUUACAGUUCACUGCUUGGCCAGACCACGGAGUUCCUGAUCAUCCUGCACCGUUCCUUCAAUUCCUGCGACGAGUUCGGGCUCUGAACCCGCCUGAUGCUGGUCCAUUGGUGGUGCAUUGCUCAGCUGGAGUUGGCCGCACGGGUUGCUUCAUCGUAAUCGACUCUAUGUUGGAGAGAGCUCGCCAUGAGCGCACCGUUGAUAUCUACGGCCAUGUAACUUGCUUGCGAGCUCAGCGCAACUACAUGGUGCAGACGGAGGACCAAUAUAUUUUCAUACACGACGCUUUACUCGAAGCUGUAAUUUGCGGAGACACUGAGGUGCCAGCCCGCAAUUUGCAUGCACACAUUCAAAAGCUUAUGCGUGUAGACCCUAUUGAAAAUAUUACUGGAAUGGAAUUGGAAUUCAAGAAGUUGGCCAACAUGAAAGCUGACUCCAGUCGAUUCGUAUCUGCUAGUCUACCUUGCAACAAGCAUAAGAACAGAUUGGUGCAUAUCUUGCCGUAUGAGUCGACCCGAGUGUGUCUGACUCCUCGUGAUGGAUCUGAUUAUAUCAACGCGUCGUUUGUGGACGGCUAUAGGUACCGAGCAGCUUAUAUUGCUACUCAAGGACCUUUGCCAGACACGACCGAUGAUUUCUGGAGAAUGUUAUGGGAACACAACUCUACGAUCAUCGUUAUGUUAACCAAACUGAAGGAGAUGGGCCGAGAAAAAUGCCACCAAUACUGGCCGUCGGACCGUUCGGUACGAUACCAAUGUUUCGUCGUGGACCCGAUCGCGGAGUACAACAUGCCCCAGUACAUCUUGAGGGAAUUCAAGGUUACGGACGCUCGCGAUGGGUCAUCCAGGACGGUCCGUCAGUUCCAGUUCACUGAUUGGCCAGAACAGGGAGUACCGAAGAGUGGAGAGGGCUUCAUCGACUUCCUAGGACAAGUACACAAGACUAAAGAACAAUUCGGACAGGACGGUCCCAUCACUGUGCAUUGCAGCGCGGGAGUCGGUCGCACUGGAGUGUUCAUCACUCUGUCAACGGUUUUGGAGAGGAUGCAGUACGAGGGAGUAGUCGACGUAUUCCAGACUGUGCGCACUUUACGCACACAGCGCCCAGCCAUGGUGCAGACUGAGGAUCAAUACGAGUUCUGCUACCGCGCCGCACUGGAGUACCUCGGCUCCUUCGACCACUACGCUAACUGACGAUGAGACAUACUCGUCUAGACGCGCCCUAACGGGACACUGUCGCGCGGAAAUAUGACGUAUGUACUUAACUAUACGAUCGCAAUU